GCUGUUUCACGUUAACAAGAGCGGCUUCCCCAUCGACAGCCACACCUGGGAGCGCAUGUGGAUGCACGUGGCCAAAGUGCACCCCAAAGGUGGAGAAAUGGUGGGCGCCAUCAGGAACGCCACCUUCUUAGCAAAGUAAAAGCAGUGGAAGAUGCAGAAGUAUGAAGAGCCUCCUGCUUCAGGCCCGGGGGACCCCCUCGCCCGCCAGCUUGGCUGUGGGGCCUGAGCUUGCAGAGCUGGGGACAGAACUGGGGACCGUCCGUGGGCAGCGUCCGGCGCUGGUGCCCAGCCAGACUGCCCCGUGCUGUCGCUAAGUCUGUUCACCAGUGGCUUUACCUUCCAUCAGCUAAGUACUAAAUCCCCAGGGCCUUCCUUUCCCUGUUUUCUUAGAGGGUGGAACUAAUCUGUCCUGUGGCCCCUUGUGUCCCUCCCUAAGCGGCUUAGUCCUCCUCUCCUUCCUGCCGGAGCUACAGACCCACAUGGGCUGAGUGUCUCUGUCACCAGCGCCCCUCCCUCCACCCAUCGGAGAGGCUGAGGUUAAGGGACUGGGUAACAUAGAGAAGAAAUAAAGCAGAAACUGCCGCCUUGCUUCCCAGGAGUGACUGGAUUGGAAGCCCCUGCUUGUUCUCGCUCUUGGCCUGGUCGGCAGGGUUGCUCAGAGCUGGGUGGUGUCUCAGCUCUAAAUUCCCGAGAAGAGGGACUUACGUCCCCCUUUUCAGUCCUGGCCCGCCAUUGCUCCCUUCCCUUCCCAGCGGGGGUUAGGACGUCAUACCCUCCGCUGGUGAAUGUUGACCAAGAGGCAGACUAGGAGAUGCCCAGGCAGACUGGGCAGCCGGAUGGGGUCAGAGGGUAAGAUGGCUCACGAGUGAGAGGAGCUGCACUUACCUGGGAAGAUUCGAGGCAAGAAGGGAAUCUUUCCUAAUGCACUUGGGGCUGGACUCAGGGAAUGGAUGUGAUGGGCAUUGCAGGGGGUGGUGGUGAAGAGAAAUGGCAUGUGUGGCACCAUGUUGCAUUCCUUCGGGGCGCCAUACAUCUUGUGUUCAGUGGUGCCCUGGAGUGGGCACAUACAAUGGUGACACCAGAUACGCAGCAAAAGUGUAGUCGUGCAGUAGAAGUGUGAGGGUUAAUGGAGCACCUCUGAACCCUCCUGGACCAGGCCUGGGGAGGGGGGGGACACUAUAGGACAUGGUCCUUGGCCUCAAGAAGGGCUGAGGCUCUCAUGGGGAGGCAGGCGGUGUUCACACCGCAACACACAAAGGGCCAUAGAGAGCCGCUGCGACCCAGGGCGGAGUGUGUACCAAGGGAACGCAGAGAGAGGACUGGCCGGUCUUGGGAGACCUUGUCCAGGAGGCACCAGUUGAACGGGUGCCCAGGCCAGCGUGGCCAUCUGCCCUCAGGAGUAGCUCUGCGUCUCCUUGAUAAAAUGAUCUCUCUCUACUUCCCUGCAGCCUUCAGUACCCCAGGUUCCCAACUACAGGCUGUCGAUGACGAUCCCAGACUGGCUCCAGGCAAUCCAGAACUACAUGAAGACACUACAAUACAAUCAUACAGGGACCCAGUUCUUUGAAAUUAGGAAAAUGAGACCGCUGAGUGGGUUAAUGGAAACAGCGAAAGAAAUGACUCGGGAGUCCUUGCCUAUCAAAUGCCUUGAAGCUGUCAUCCUGGGCAUAUACUUAACCAAUGGACAGCCUUCCAUCGAGCGAUUCCCCAUCAGCUUUAAAACCUACUUCUCAGGAAACUACUUUCACCAUGUUGUGCUGGGGAUUUACUGCAACGGCCGCUAUGGCUCACUGGGCAUGAGCCGAAGGGCUGAGCUGAUGGACAAGCCAUUGACCUUUCGGACUCUGAGUGACCUCAUCUUUGACUUUGAAGACUCCUACAAGAAAUACCUGCACACAGUCAAGAAGGUCAAGAUUGGGUUGUAUGUCCCCCAUGAGCCUCAUAGCUUCCAGCCCAUCGAGUGGAAGCAGCUGGUCCUCAAUGUCUCAAAGAUGUUGAGGGCUGACAUAAGGAAGGAGCUGGAGAAAUAUGCCAGGGACAUGAGAAUGAAGAUCCUGAAACCUGCAAGUGCCCACUCUCCAACCCAAGUGAGAAGCCGGGGAAAAUCACUGUCCCCACGAAGGAGGCAGGCAAGCCCCCCAAGACGGCUCGGCAGGCGAGACAAGUCGCCUGCACUGCCUGAAAAGAAGGUGGCUGAUCUCAGCACUCUGAAUGAAGUGGGCUAUCAAAUCCGAAUUUAGGCCAGCCGUACAGCCGGCAACAGGGCUUCUGUGGUGCUUCUGUCUGCACUUUACCCAGCAUCUUCAGGAGGAACUGCAACUAUUUAUUAAGAACUUGUGAAUUUUAUUUGUAAGGGUUCACUUGGAAUAGACUCUGAGUGGGUGGUAACAAUUUACUUUAAAAAAAUUCACGAAGGGACAACCACGAAAAGGCUAAGUAAUAAACCCCACUGGGGUCAGACUGUCUCCCUCACUCCAGAUAGAAAGGAUAAGACCAUAACUGUAGUUUUAUAUUUUCCCAUUUACCUACAUUCUUUUGUUUUAAACAGCAGUAGUAAAUGUUCAUGAAACCCUCUCUCCCACUUUUGAUAUAGUAAGGUAACUCAAUCAGUAUUAAUAUCUUUUUCAGCAAUAACAGCGGCAAAGAUUGGUGUUUUUUUUUUAAGCAGUCAAUAUUACCUCAGCAUCUUGACAUCAGAUAUGCAAAUUUAAUGGUGUUUUGUUUUUUUAUAUUCUAUUUGUAUUGUUUCCCCAAUAUUUUCCAUGGGGAUCUCCACAAGGUUUGGAAUUUUUUUCCUGGUGCACACAUGCGAUGAAAUUUAAGGUAUUAUAUGCAAGUGUUUUACUAAAAAAGCACUGAAAUUCUUCUGGCAAUACGGGAAACCACUUUCAGGACCUUGGAGUUACUUCUUUCUUAAAUCUUUCUUAAAGCAUUCACUGACAACAGUUUUUGUUCUUUCAAAACAAAACAAGAAAAGCACGUUCAGAAGCUAGUCUAUGUUCUGUCACUAACAUUUAAACUUUGCAGAGUCCAGCAAAAAGCACACAGGGUCAUGAACUGUUACACAAAUUUAGCAGUAUUGCAAUUACCUCUGACAGUAACACACUCAGAAAGACACAGGCCAGGAGUAGAUGAGUAGGUCUUGAGAACCAGCUAAACUUGCUGAUCCCAUUUCACCUGAUUUCGAAACUCUAAGUCAGGCCUCGAUUCUGAAGGACCCACUGUUGUUAGAGAUGUGUUCUGAUGUCUUAUAUUAAGACCAAAUACAACACGAUGUGAUUAUUUUCCAGUACCUUGCUUUUAGGUACCACUUCAUGAUGCUUAGGAACUGGUAUUGGAAAAUACAAUGAAUUAGAGAAGCAGAACCUUUUUUUUAAUGGAAAAGUCUUCAGGUACAGUGUUACACCUUACAGUGUGAUUUAGUCCACAGAGCACAGUAGGAAUAUCCGGCCUGCAUAUGGUAGUUACAGUGUAACUUCUGGCUGCAGACCACACAGAAUAACUCUAACAGCAUACCAAGUCUCUAUGUUAUCAAGAGUACAGCUUACGUUUCAUUUGUUUGAUCUUAGCAACCAUGCCAACUCAUGAGACCAAAAGGCAUAUUUAAGUGAAGUCUGCUAGUCAACAAAAGUGUUAUUUCAGUCUCAGUGCUUCCCCCUCUGGUUUUCUUUGACUGAAGUGUACAUCUCAAUUAGAUUAAAAUACAGCAUAAGUUAAACAUUCGGAACUUAACCACUUUCCUCAAGAAUAGUACUAUCAGUUAGCAGAGUUUUAAAUGAGUUAUCUUUAAUCUUCACAAGAUGAGCCCAUUUGCAGCCUCAUGGCCACAUGUAUUUAGAUGUUUGCAGUCGCCAGUGAAUCAUUUCAUUCUCAUUCUAAAACAAUACUGACUUAGCUCUCUCUAGAUGAAAUACCAUCAUCUGUUUAUCAAUCUGAAAAUAUUAUAUCCAAUAAGUAGACUACUUAUAACAUUGCAAUCAUUCUAAGAGCUUGGAAUAGGAUUUUCCAAGUAUUAAGUACUGUCCAAUCUAAAAUAUGGAAUGCCAGUAGUUGCAUAGCCUCUUGUUUCCCACAGAAAAGGGGAAAGGAAUAGGAAUACAACCUGUUUCUAAUAUGCUGAUGUAUAAGCCUUAAACUGCAACUGGCUUGAUGAUUCAAUUAGUAACCUGAUUAUUCCACACUCAUUUCUUGAUUUUAAGAUUCAUUUCCCCAAAGCAAGAGUUAGUCACAGAAACAUGAAAAUAAAAUGUUCUUGGUUGUUAUUCUAUUUUAUUGCCUAUAGGAGUAUGUUGAUUUCUAAAAGAUAUGAGAAAGGCACCAACUCCUACAUUCUAGUGAAAGUAAUCUAAUUGAUAAGGCAAAGAAAAAAAAAAAGACAUGAUUUACCCCCUAGAACUGAUUUUAAAACUGGCUAUAAUUCAAAGAUAAAAAACAAAACUAUGAAGUGAUUCUGAAAUCUAGUUUUUAAAGUUAUCAAUGCAAGAGAAAUUUUAUGCUUAAGCCAUUAUGGCAAUACAUGCAAAGUUAAAUGAAUGACAGAAAUUUUGAUUCUAGACUACAUGUUGUGCUGUUUUGAGUACACUUUAUUUCAGAAAGUGAAUUUAGUAUUUUCUAUACACUCUGAAAUCAUGAGCAUUUCACUUUUUUCUAAGUCAAUUAUUUCAUAAGGAUUUUAUUAAUAGAUAUUGGUAAUAGAACUUUGGAAAUCUUAAUUCAGUAUUCUACUAUACCCGAGGCUUUUGUAAGCUAUAGUUUUAUGUACAACCUUGUACAGAUUUUUUGACAUGCAAUUCAGAAUCUUGUUUAUUCUUUGGACUUUGUUUGGCCGACACAUUUUUUUUAAAUCUUUUAAGAAACUGUGAUUGUUUUAGUGGGUAUUUUUCUAAGUAAAUGAAAACUUGUAUAAUGGUAUUUUAGAGAAUGCCAGAUAAGUGCAUGUUUCAAGUUAAUGUUUUUCUCAUCACUUGUAUGUUUAUACACAGCAUGGGACUUAAUAUAAACCAUCCUGGAAAACUCAAGGAUUGUUUUCCUC